GGAGGAAGGCGGGUUCUCCAGCCGGAAGUCAGCUAUAACCCUGGGCCCCCACAACUGCAGGCAGAGCCGGAGCCGCCCAGUUUCCGCGGGACCGGGCCUCUGGGGUCCGGACAGGGGUCGCCAUGGGUGUUGGGAUUCUAUCAAGCACCCGCAGAGCCAGCUGGUGUGUGAAUUCUGUUUAGUGAGCAGGCUGGAGACAUGGCUUGGCGCCCAAACAUACCGAGUAAAUGGUGAUCCUCAGCCCCCAUAUCCGCUUCAUCCUCAUCCAGAACCGGGCGGGCAAGACUCGCCUGGCCAAGUGGUACAUGCAGUUCGACGAUGAUGAGAAACAGAAGUUGAUCGAGGAGGUGCACGCCGUGGUCACCGUCAGGGAUGCCAAGCACACCAACUUUGUGGAGUUCCGGAACUUCAAGAUCAUCUACCGGCGCUAUGCUGGCCUCUACUUCUGCAUCUGCGUGGACGUCAACGACAACAACCUGGCCUACCUCGAGGCCAUCCAUAACUUCGUGGAAGUGUUAAAUGAGUAUUUCCACAAUGUCUGUGAACUGGACCUGGUGUUCAACUUCUACAAGGUUUACACAGUGGUAGACGAGAUGUUCCUGGCCGGGGAAAUCCGAGAGACCAGCCAGACGAAGGUGCUGAAGCAGCUGCUGAUGCUGCAGUCCCUGGAGUGAGGUGGCUUCCGCCCAGCCUGGCCUGCUGGACCAACCUGCCUGUUUACCCCCUGCCAGGCCCGAGGCCCACCCAGCAGCCCCCUCCCUUCCUCGGCUGCCCCAGAGGAAGGACCCAGCAGGGUCUGGGCUGCAUGGGAAGAGGCUGCAACCCACUGCCUCUGGACCCUACUUUGAUGGCAGAGGCCACCUUGAUGUCCUGAGUAACUGUGCCAUUGUCGUGUGAUGCUGUGAGUGUGCGUGUGUGCAGCCCCCAAUAAAUCUGUGGUCCUGCCUGG